AUGGUCGGCUCUUCGUCUUCUUCGUCAGGUGGUCCGACUGCUCGUCCUCGUGCUGGUGCGUCUGCUGCUGCGUUAGUCUCGUCACCAACACUUGGUUCUGCGUCUGUGUACGGAGCUCUUCGCUGUCGUGCUCGCGUUCGGCUAGCAAUGGUGUCUGCGUUAGGUUCGACUGCUGCUCGGGCCGUGAAGCGCACGCGCUUGCGUGGUGGCGCACGGCCUCUCGACUGCUCCCCGUGUCCGUCGUCGUCUUCGUCAUCCUGA